GCUCUCAUCGUUUCUGCUCUGCUCCUCCAUCAGAUGAACAGGUGGGGUCAAAGGUCGACCACCAAGAACAAUGAGACAUGUGCGCACGCUGUGCCAGCAGACAGUUCCAGCUCUCGACAACUGAUGCAAGGACAGCUGCUGUUUCUCCCUUCCCCUGCUCCCCUAACUAUUCUCCUUCUUUCAUUUCUUCCCUACACUGCUUCCAUUCAUCCCCUCUGUACUUUCCCCUUCCUUCCCUCUCCUCUGUCAUUCUGCCCUGCACUUUUCCUCAGGCGGAUAUAAAGGCAGGUCCCGUUGGAGAGAGAGAGAGAGAGGGCUUGUGUAAUCUCUGGCUGCACAUGAGCACCAGAGAGUUAUUGCUUCAGCUGGGAAAGGCACCACGAAUGCGUAAAGGACAAACUUUGGAAUCAAGAGAGGAAGAAGGAAUAUCUCUGAGACAGGAAGGGAGGAGAAGGGAGAAGGAGACGCAGAAAUAGUUUGGAGUUGGGGUGCAGGACACGGACCAUGCCGGGCUCUGUGGUGCUGCUGCUGCUGUCCCUGUUGGUCCUGUCCACAGGAAGUGAUGCCAGAAGAAUCAGGAAAAGAGGACUCAACCAUAAGGACUACGAGUACCCCAACCACCCCCAGUCCACACAGCACCAGAAGAAUGACCGGUGUCCACCGCCGCCCCAGAUGUUGCCAGAGAGAGCCUGUGAGGUGCCGGGCUGCCGCUCAGACUCGGAGUGUGAGCGUCAUAAACGCUGCUGCUACAAUGGAUGCAUCUACGCCUGCCUGGAGUCUGUGCAGCCUCCACCAGUGUUGGACUGGCUGGUGCAGCCCAAGCCUCGGUGGUUGGGGGGCAACGGCUGGCUGUUAGACGGCCCUGAGGAGGUUCUGCAGGCUGAGGCCUGCAGCACGACUGAGGACGGAGACGAGCCUCUUCACUGUCCUACUGGCUACGAGUGCCACAUCAUCAACCAGGGAAACCCUGCAGCUGGCAUCCCUAACAGAGGACAGUGCAUCAAGCAACGUGGCAACUCCGAUGGACGUGGUCUGAGACACAAAUACUUCAAGGACUACAAGGACUACUUAGGUACCAGUUCGAACAAUGCAGUGGGCUACGAAAAACAUCAUCACAAGCACCUGGGAUGAAGUAUGUUUUCACUUUAAACUAUCAUGUCAUAUUAAAGGGAUAGUUUGGAUUUUUUUAAGUAAUUUUGUGUGUGUUUAUGUGUCAGUAAUGUACUCCUGUGGAUGGGGGCAGCAGCAAAAAAUAUUUUAGCCACAUAAAAAAAAUAUCUUUAAAUGUAUGCUUUACUUAGAAUAUUUGUACCCUUAAAUUUGCCAUGGGACAUCCCUUUCAGAUAGGGAACUGAAGCUAUUUUAUCAUUUUAUGUUCUCAAUAAAGCCACCAGACUCCCUUGACAAAGACGCUGAUCUCUUAUCGAGAACAUAACCUGCUCCCGACCAGGUUAGCUCAGCGAGAAUGAAUUGCCAUGGUGAUAUAGCCAGAUCAGUGGCUCUAGAGAUUCUAUAAUAUGAUAUCACCCGACUGUGAAUAAUGUUAUGUGAGAUGUUUGCUCUCAGAGUGCACAAAAUAGAUGCAUUUUACUUAAAAAUGUACAAAUUUUCUCCCGGGGCAGCAUGCCCCCGGACCCCCCUAGAUGGUUUGGUUCGAUACUUUUAAUUGUCAGUACCAUAUCUUUAAUGACUUUGAUCUGGAUUGCCUUUUAACUUACUGCUAAUAUUUCAUCAUGCAUGAAGCAUCAUAUCUUUUUGCGUGUUGGUGGGGCUCCAUGUUGUGCAGAAUGUGCCGUUUUAUUUUUUCGCCCCUGCCCUUCUAACAGUCUGAGUCCGCCACUGAGCCAGAUUAAAAAAGAACCACCUUUGUGAGAGUGAAAACCCAGAAUUAGAGCUUAAGUUACCUCUCUAACCCGCUUCCUAGUAAAUGGCUCUGUACCAGAAACUUUCAUGUGCUGCAGGGUAAAAUUACUGAUUUUGUUAAAGGAGUCUGGUAGCUUUGGAGAGAGCAUAACACAAUUCUACAAUUCUACAAUGUCAUUUAGCACAGUAGUUCUCAACCUUUUCGAGUCGCGACCCCCAAUUUAACAUGCAUGUUGUCCGCUCACUGAACAGAAUCUCACACACACAGUUCAGAUCACCCACAAAAGAAACAAAAUGACCAAAAAAAGGAAACAAAAUGAACAAAAAGACACAAAUUGACCCCAAAAAGAAAAAAAUUACCAUAAAAAGACACAAAAUGACUGAAAAAGACAGAAAAUGACCAA